AUGCUCCGCAGAGCCAUCCUCCCGGCUUCCAAGUCCCGUCGAUGUCCUCCCUUACUCGUGACAUCGGGCGAUCGCUUCGGAUCAAAUGCUGCCGACUUGGAGAUCCCAUAUCCCCAGCAAAAGCAGAACGUCGGAGUAGUUCCUCAACAGCCCAACAGCUUUUUCGCGCCCUACGGAAACACAUUCGCUCCCCCAUCGAGAACGCAUGGUGCCUCUGGUCCAGUUGCAAAGCCACCGAGCGCCCCCAUAGUAGACCCACAACCAGUAGACCUAUACAGGACAGGGACCUGGAAUACUCCUGAAAAGCUUGGAUCUCCAGUGCUCCCAACACCCCCCGAUGUAGGCAAACCAAAUCCUCCAGCACAUGGGAAAUCUAAAGAAGGUAGAUCUCGGGCAAAUAUCAACAUCACUGGAUCACCGCCUAGAACAAACCCAUACAACAAUCACCGGAAGGCUAGAAAAACGGGGGAAGUUGAUGAUUUAUACUACUAUUUGGACUAUGACCGCAGAACAUCACCACAAGCCGACCCAAACAGAACGCUACCAGAUCUUGAAACCACCCUCGAAGCUGAUGAUCAAGACCAUAUUUUCCAAAGACUCAACGACCUUCUAUCCCAUGGAAUGUUCAACUUCUUCGCAAAGCAUCAGUUCCCAAUCCCGAUUGACCCAGGGAAACGACGCAUCCGUAAACCGUCUGACCGUGAGUGGCACGAAUGGCUCGAGCUUGCAAUUGCAUUGUGUGAGAAGCGGAUGAUACCUAAGACCCUGUUGCACAAUGAGCGUAUUAAAGAGUUUGUCACAAUCCUCCAAAAUUCAGGCGAAAUUCGACACGUCGUUGCGCAUCCAAGCCGUCCCCUCAAAAGCGACAUGGGUGUCUUCCAACUGAUCAGCGCCGGAAUCCACGUCGCCCAAAUCAUCAAGGACUGGGAUGGUAUGGAGGAGAUGCUCAAGAUAAAGGAGAACACCGAGAAUAUAAUCGCUAAAAGGCGGCGCAGAAGGGAGAGUAUCAAAAAGCACGUUCGUUUUUUAGAGCAAUACGCUGAAUCCGAAGGCCUUGAUUGA